AUGAUGACUUAAAAUUUGUAACAAUAUUUUUAUCUUAAGAUCCAGUAUAUUGCAGGAAUGUUAACGCACGUCAUUCAUUAGCCAUGUGGUGUUUUGUUGGAUUUAUCUGCUUGUUUGCUUCGCGUGUCAAUCUUUCCGUUGCGAUUGUUGAAAUGGUAGAGGAAAGAGAAAAUUUACAUGUUGUCUUGUUACUAUUCUCUGUAUUCAAAGGUAGCACCACAAAGCGCUUUAAACCGGUCGAACAGAGCCUGUCCAUUACAAAAUAAAAAUUCGUCCAGGCCAGAAAUCCAUUAUGAAUUUGACUGGUCGCCAAAAACCCAAGGUCUAGUACUGGGUGCUUUUUACUACGGUUACAUGAUACCACAACUCUUAUUAACAUUACUAACACCUGUUGCUGCUCGUACACACGUUGGAUUAUUAAUUGCUAUUCGGUUUAUAAUUGGAUUUGUCUCAGGGCCGAUGUUUCCAGCUGCAGCAGCUUUAUGGGGUAAAUGGGUACCUCCACUUGAACGUAGUACAAUACCUCCGGCAGCUCAGACAGGAACGAACUUUGGUAUUAUAAUCACAACUUCACUAGUCAGUUUAUUAAGUACUUCAAAAUUUCUUGGGGGUUGGCCUAGUAUAUUCUACGUUGUCGGUAUUUUCUCAUGUUUAUGGUUUAUUGGCUGGUCAUGUUUUGCUUACAAUUCACCAUCUGUUCAUCCAAGAAUAUCAGCGAAAGAAAAAACGUAUUUAUUGCAAUAUUCUUCACCGUCAUCAAAGAAUGGUAUUUUGUUUGCCAUACCCUAUUUUGGCAUAUUUUUAGUUACAAUAGUGUCUGGGCAAAUUGUUCGUCGUAUUAGGGCAAAAAAUAUUUUAACAACAACAAAUGUAAGAAAAUUACAAACAAUCAUUGGCGCAGUUGGUUCAUCCAUAUUUUUGAUUACUAUCGGCUUUCUUGGUUGUGAUCAUAUAGGAGCAGUUAUUUGUUCCAUACUUGCUGUAGUAUUCUUGGGUUUUCAUAACAGCGGUUGUUUGAUAUCACAUUUAGAUGUUGCAUCGAAUUAUGCAGGAACACUUACGGGAAUAACAAAUUCGCUGGCUGCAAUUCCCGGAUUUGUAGCACCGGCGGUUGUUGGUGCAAUUACUAAUAAUAAUGUGAGAGAAGAACAAGAAUGGAAUCGUCAAUCGGAAUAUAAAACUGAUCACGAAAUAAUUCAAUAA